AUGGCGCCUAAUCAGAUAUACUCCGCCAAAUACUCGGGUGUGGAUGUCUACGAGUUCAUUCAUCCGACUGGUUCGGUAAUGAAGAGGAAAACCGAUGACUGGGUCAAUGCAACACAUAUCUUAAAGGCAGCGAAGUUUGCCAAGGCCAAGAGAACUAGAAUACUGGAGAAAGAAGUUAUCAAGGAAGUGCAUGAGAAAGUGCAGGGUGGGUUUGGGAAAUACCAGGGAACUUGGGUACCUCUGGAUAUUGCUACAAGACUGGCGAACAAAUUUGACGUAUACGAAGAAUUGAAACCUUUAUUUGAUUUUAAACAGUCUAAUGGCUCGGAAUCUCCCCCUCAAGCUCCAAAACAUCAUCAUGCUUCAAGAAGUGACUCUACAAAAAAGAGGGCGGUUAAAAGUGCAAGUAUGUCAGCGGCUAUGGAAGGAAAUCAUAGUCCGUCCGCAACACCAACUUUAGCCGCAGCCAAUACUUCUCGAGUAACGACUAGAAGGAGAGGAAGACCUCCUUCAGCAUCAAGAGUAAAGAAAAAGUUGGAAGCUCCAUUGGAAAGAUCUCAGAGUGAUAUGGGAUACCCUAGGCCAAGCAUACCGAACUCAUCAAUCGCCACUACGGAACUACCCUCGAUCAGAACAUCAAAUCUUGAAUUGUUAGUGGAGGAUGAGGGCAGAGGUCAUUUCCCGAGGAAGCAUCAAGAGAGAUUUCAGGAACUCGACAUCGAAGAUGGUUUAUCAAGCGACAUCGAACAACAUGUUCAAAAUCAUAUGCGUCGCGAUGAUUUGGCAAUGGCGAGUCACGAUACAAGGUUAAUUCAUGGGUCGCAGGCUGCAUCGCAAUCUUCCGAAUCGCUGCCGACAUCGCCCAGUGAGCUAUCCGAUGCCAACGCAUUUGAUCAAAGGUACAGCACAGCUACUUCUCCAGUGAUAUCCAAUAUUCCUCGUUACGCGGCACAGUCUAGGCCUCAAAGCACUGACAUACAUGAUAAGGUUAAUGAGUAUCUCUCAAAGUUAGUCGAUUAUUUUAUUUCCAGUGAGGUUAGAUCUAAUAGAUCAGUCCCAGCAGAAUUACUCCUCCCCCCACCUAGUAGCGCACCAUAUAUUGAUGCCCCUAUUGAUCCCGAGUUGCAUACGGCAUUUCAUUGGGCAUGUUCAAUGGGUAAUUUGCCCAUAGUCGAAGCUCUUGUCCAGGCUGGAACCAAUUUAAGCGCGACAAAUUCACAGGGGCAAACACCGUUAAUCAGAAGUUCCAUGUUUCACAAUUCAUAUUCUAGGAGGUCGUUUCCGCGCAUCUUUGAAUUACUUCGUGACACCGUUUUUGAUGUUGACUCGCAACUUCAGACAAUCGUUCAUCAUAUUGUACAGAGGAAAUCAUCAACGCCAUCAGCCAUUUAUUACCUCGACAUUGUUCUUUCCAAAAUCAAAGAUUUCUCACCACAAUACAGAAUUGAGUUGUUGCUCAAUAAUCAGGAUCGAUCAGGUAAUACCGCCCUGCACAUUGCUGCGAAAAAUGGUGAUAAAACCUUUUUCAAUACUUUGAUAGCAAAUGGCGCUUUAAGCACUAUCACCAAUAAAGAUAGACUGACUCCUAAUGAAAUUAUGAGUGAGCAUUACGAACAUUUGUUUACACGAAGUCAAGGUCAUAUGAAUAACGGCAAUUCAUCGCUGAUAAAUGGAUACAAAAUGGUAUCUCCAAUCGAGGCGACCACGCCUUUGACCGCCACAAGUGCAUCAGAUUUCAUGAUGUUUUCUUCACAGGCUGCGACACGUAUCUCCAGAAGUAUACCUGACAUAGUUUCUGGUAUGAAGCAGGUUGCUGAAAGGUACGGUGAGCUAUAUCAGCAGCGUGACACAGAUCUGAAAAAUAUGGAAAAGACAUUACGUAGUAUGGAGAAAACUAUCAGAGGCGUGCAUGUACGAACGCAGGAAAUCAUGGAAAUAACUGAUGCUAAUGAAGUUGAUACGAAAAUGGCCAAUCAAGUGGAGAAAACAAAAGUUUUGAAACAAGAAGUUAUAGAAAAGAGGCAAGCGCUCCUGAAAACCUUACAAAAAAGACAAAUGAUCAAAUUGAAUCAAUAUACAGAAGAGGAAAAAGCCAAGCAAACAUCCUCACCAGAUGGUGGCAAUUAUGAUGAUGAUGAUGAUAAUAAUAUAGAAACCAGACUCAAGCUCAUCAUUCAGCUCAAUUUUCUACAGAUGGAAUCAAAAGGUAAGUUGGAUAAGAUUAUAAGAUUCAUGGAAGACAAUACCAAGAUUCACAAAUACAGAAAGAUGAUCAGUGAGGGAACCGAGAUGGGUACUGAAGAAGUUGAUGACUGUUGGAUGUAA